AUGCGACCACGUGGACCCAUUGCCAAGGGACAGGUUGCUUUCAAGAGCUACAUCCUGUUGCCUUCAGGUGUCGCAUCGUUGACCGCUGAUGACAGGUUGGAUUUGGACACCAGCAGAUUGGAGAAGGAAUCCAUGCAGGUGGACGAGACAUCUGUGGGCGUUACACCUAAGUUCACUGCAGCCAGGUGCGCGCUGAACCUAUCAGAGGAUCAGCCGAAGUUUUUCUGGGAGACGGAUCCUUUUCUGAAAACAAUUUUUGGACAUGAUGAUUUGGCUCCCCCUGCACUCAAGCGUCCUGAUAUCCCAAUUGACAUCACUAGUGUGCCUGCUGACAAUGUGUGGGACUAUUUGCAGAGACCAAAGCGACGCGCGGCUGGAGGUCUCUGCCCAGAGGUGAUCAGACAUGUGGAACUCAGGGACGAGCAAGACAAGCGAGCCAGUGUGAUUUCUAACUGGUCUAGUCUGGUAUGCAUUGACUUGGAUGCUUUCUCAGUCGGGAAUGCUUUGGCAGUGAACCCUGAUGGGACUACGCAUGCUGACGUUGAGAGCAGCUUGCAAGCUUGCUUUGCUAGGAAGGCUACAAGCACGUUAAGCAAGAGGUUCUAUGCUUUGAACAAGUUCGUGAAUCAUUGCUGCAGGCAUGGUUUGCAAUUUUUUCCAAUACGUGAACAUGUGGUCUUUACAUAUCUGCAACAGCUGAAUGGAGAUCCAGCCACUGCUCCUUCAGCAGGGCGUUCACUGUUGGAGGCCGUGCGGUUUGCCAGCGGCGUCUUGGGCUUGAAGGGUGACAUCGGAGAGCUUGGCACUACAAGGAUUGAUGGCCUAGCGGUUGAACUGACCAAGCGAGCGGGGCCCAUCCAACAGGCUGCUCCCUUAUCAGUACAACAGGUGAUGUUGCUCGAGAGGCUUGUGGCUGAAUCUGAAGAUUUGCAGGACAGGGUCAUUUUCGGUGGCAUGCUUGUUCUGCUUUAUUCAUGUGGAAGAUUUUCAGAUGGGCAGAGAGCCAUCAACAUGAUUCUUGAUUGUGAUUUGGAUAUAGACGCCAUUGAGUGUCAGGGUUACCUGGAGCUGCAAGUCCUUGGACACAAGGGUGCAAGGAGUGACAUCUUGAAGAGGACCUUCCUGCCGCUAGUUGCUCCAAUUUAUUCAUUGGCGUCAGUGGAUUGGUUCAGAGCUUGGGUGCAUGCAAGGGAGGCUCUUGGUCUCACGAUCGGAGGAAAGCUCAACAAACCUUUUUUGUGCAGGUUCAGACCGAGCGGCGAAGUUAUGGAUCAAGAGCUCACCUCAGCCGAGUGCAGUUCUCUUCUGCGCCGGGCGUUGAAGUUGACUGGGGAACAAGCUGCCGCCAUCAAGUCUCACAGCUUGAAGACAACUGCGUUAUCCUGGUGUUGCAAGCAUGGUGUCGACAUUCAUGCACGCAGGCUGUUGGGGCAUCACUUGGACCCCAGUGUGAAGUCACCUGAGACUUAUGGGAGAGAUUCCAUGGCGCCCGCAGUGAGGCUUUUUGAGGGCACUCUGGCUGACAUUAAGCGUGGGCGAUUCAGGCCUGAUGAGACCAGAUCAGGUCGCUUCGUGAAAGCAGCAGAGGAGCAACCUGCAGCAACUGAGCGCGACGAGGAGGACGAUGACUCUGACAGUGACUAUGAGCCGAGCAGCAGUGACUCGGACGACAGUGACGAGGUCCCUUUUGGUUUGCCCUCGGAAUCCAGCCUCCUGUGGCACUUGGUCAUGCCCGACUUGAGACCAGGUUUCUUGGAGGUUCCUGAAGGGACCAUGGUGUACAGGAACAACGUGUCCGGAGUUCAGCACUUGAAGAAGGCAGGUGGACUGAAGUUCAUGUGUGGUCGGAGGCAGAACGACCGCUACUCCUUCUAUGCUGGGAAGCCUGUCAAAGGUUAUGCUGAGUCUAACGCAAGUUUUAGACACAGAGCGAAACAGAUUCAGCUGACAGACGAUCAUGUUCAGGCAUUGCAUGACAAUGACAUCAGGUCGAACCUUAGGCCAGACAAAAACGAUGUUUUGCCUGUUGAUGCAGCUUUGGAAGAACUGUACACAUCAGCAUCAGUGGUUUUUCAUUUGCUGCCUUUGCCCGCUGCAAGUGGAUCCAAUCAGAACCUGAAACGCAAGACACCUGAGGAAGAGGCUCCCAAGAAACCACAGCCGACAGGUGAGGCAGCAGCUGGCAACAAGAACCGCAGAGGCAAGCGCAACAGGCUGUACAAACUCACCAAAAAGUUUGUGGCAAUCCUUCAUGAGAGAGGCCUGCAGCCUGUACCUGACACUUUGGAUGAAGUGAGCCCACAAAAUCUGCAGUUGCGCGACACAGCCAACAAGGUUAUUGUGCCAGUGGCCCAACACUCCUUCUUACAGCAUGCAAAGCCGGGAGCCCGCAUAGCUGACAACAAUGUUUUUCCAAAAGGUGCGCGGCUGCUACAAGUGUGGAAUGCUCAGAAGGGGGUUGAAGUGGGACCAAAUGAAACAGGCAAUGGCAAUGACGUUUUGGAAACGUCUCCUAACAGUGCGUUGAUGGCACGGGUGGGUGUGCCGGUUGAACCUCUUGAAUACGUUGCUUGGGCGGUGAAGUUGGUUCACCCCAAUUUGCAAAGGGUGAAAUUACCUGUACACCUUGAGAAAGCCAUAGCCAUGUGUGGGCCUGGCAUGUCCAUUGAGCUGCGGCGUGUCAGGAUACAAUGGACCAAGUUGAUGGUGAAGUUGAUGGAGGAGACCCGAGCCAUUGAAGAGGAGCUCAUUGGAAUCAGGCUCAUGUUUGCAGAGUCGCAGAUCUUCGGGCGGUCUUCCAAGUUGGCUUUGCGGGCCAUUGGGCUACCCGCUGUCAAAGGGGUGACGUGUGCGCCUUUGACUGAUGACGUGAAGUUCGGUCUCCAAUGGAUGUUACAGAGAUUGGUGGACUCGCCACCUAGAGAGAUACGUGCACAAGAUGGGGGCACACUUUUUCUCUUCUUGGACGGAGCCUGCGAGCCUGCCUCCAACGCCGACGAGGGCCUGAUCACUUCGGUAGGCGCAGUACUGGUGAAUGAGUGUGGUCAAGGAUUGCACUUUUUUGGAUUGCGAUUGCCCAGGGAGGUGACGGGACCAUGGUCCGGAGGCAGCAAGGAGAAUCUUGUUUUUGAAGCGGAGGUGCUGCCCUACACCCUGGCGUUGGCAUGCUGGGGCGAGACACUAAAGGGCAAACAUGUCUUGGUUUUCAUAGACAAUGAUGGUGCCCGGCAUAGCUGGAUUCGAGGCACGGCAGAUUCUUUUUACGCUCGGGCCAUGAUUCACAGUGGAACACUUCUUGAGUCCGAGUUGGAUGUGUCGACUUACUUUUGCAGGGUUCCGACCCAUAGUAACCUUGCAGACGGACCUUCCCGUCUCGAUUUCAGUUUGUGCUGGAAAAUUGGAGCAGUGGAGACAGUGGUUGACACCGCAGUCUUGUGCCGUUACGCAGAUGUGGAAUGUGCAAUGAGCUUUAAAGUUUGCGUAAAGAUAACACUCGAGAACUCCUGUCUGGCCAUGUCCUUCAAGAAGAUGCUCCACCCAUCGACACUCCGGAGCUGGCUCUCUGGGGUCGAGGAGACCAAGUUCUUGGACUGGCUCAAUGUGAACCUCAUGACGUAUGUCCUCUCAAAUCAUCGACGACGACACCAUUUAGUUUUUGGGAUAUGA